UAUGGAUGACAAGAAAUUGUAUAUAAACGAAAAAAAAAACAGAAAUCGCUCACGAUGCGACCACACACAUGGUUAAAUUCGGAAGCGGGCACGCUGUAUGUGUUCACUGGGUUCGGCUAUAGGCCGCUAAGGAAACAAAAUAGUUUAACUUGUGUUCGUGCGUGAAAGAAAACCGCAGUUAUAUUACAAUACACAAGUAUGGCCAGAUGUUACAGGUAAAUACAAGUGUCGUGUUGCACGAUCGACGUAAUUCCUACAAGAGUGUCUGUUGAGUGUUGCCAGGUGGAUGGACAGAUGCUGCAAACGAUAAGAUGAAAGAAAUGCAGUUUUGGUUUGCCGAUUCGCGUGCACAAAACGCGUGUAAUUCAAGUGUGAUUUUAUUAGCAGCAGAUACAGUUUGUAUUCUACAAAAUACUAUUUUUUUAAGGAUAAGAAUAAAAACUACAAUUUUUAUUAGUUUAUAUUUUCUUUGGCAAAUGUUGACACGAUUCUUUUUAAAUAUGGUAAUUCUAAAACAAUGGGCAUUAACAUUGUAGGUUUAAUUGUGGGUAUUAUACAAGCUACAGAUAGUGCGCGUAUUAAAUAUUUUUUGCAAUUAAAAAAAAGUGAAAAUUAAAAUUUUAAAAUGUUCACCCCAAGACAAGACGUUUGGUAACCACUACUAACUAGAAAGCACCGCAUGUCCAACGUAUAACCACAAUCUUGCGUUAUUGGUUUCGAGGGGAAAAAGUGGCAACCGUAUGCACGGCGUGCGAAGAAGUUUGGGUAAAAUUAAAACGACAUGUCGUGGACGUAAUCGAUCAUACGGGUGAUGGACAAGCAUGUAACAGAGGGAAUUUGUGGGGAACUGUUUUGUACAAGUAAGCUUAUAUUCUAUAUAGGUAAACUGUAAAAAUGGCACGCCUGCUGGGGUUUAAGCCAGAAUCGGCUAUAGUUACUCGAAGUUUCCUUUCAUUUAUUUGUUUUUUUGGGGGGGAUAAAAAACUUUUCAGUAAUUUUUCGCAAGUAUACAAUCAAAAUUAGAUGGAUAAAAUUAGGGUAUCGGUUUAAAAAGGCGACGCUGAUAAUCCGAACUGUGCUGGACUAUAGCCUACUCAAAGAGAUUAAAACCAUCUCUUUGGCCUACUAUAUAUUUAACUUAUUUAAUCAGACGUGACUAAACGUUUUAGGUCAUUAACACUAGCACGCAAUGGAAAAAUACUUUUAAACCUUUAAGUAUUUUAUAUUUAAGAGCAAGUUAUAUUUUUCUACGAGUUUGAUUGGUCGUUUUGUUUGUGAAUGCAGAUUAUAUUGUAGCGAUAACGCGAGCUUUGAAUUCGUUCUUUCUAAUGGGGCAAAACUAAGUAAAUUCAUUAGUGUCGUAACUUUUAUUUGCGGCUUACCGGACGCCCUAUGGACACCUGGUGUGAUUCGGUGGCGUGACUAGGAAGCUCGCGCAAUGGGAAAGACAAAAAAUAAUAGGCGUUUAGGGUGUAGUCGCUUUGACUAUUUAUUGUGUUUUUUUUACUUAUCCACCGUAUUGAAAUUGUAUAUUUUGUUUCGUUUCUUUUCCGUUGAGAUUGAAAAUUAUUUGAGUCGCAAACCGCAGGUAUGACAAACAGGUAUAGAUAGAACAACCGGGCCACAGGAGGAUUUGUUGCUGUAAAACUGAGCACGGCAGUCUGUUAGGGGGGCUUCCGCCAGCCCAGAAGAUUUACAGGUUCCGGACUCAACGCUGAUUCCCGUGCUAUCGUUGGCCCACGACGCGACAAUAAACAAGUUAUGCGUUCAUCGAUCUAUUCAUUAUUUUACACCCUGUACACUUACAGGGAGACGCUUUUAGUUAUUAAAUAAAUAAAAAUUUUAUUUUUUUGUUUCAGGUUGAUUUGCUAGAAUUUGUUUUGUCAUAAUUAAUCAUGUAUGACGUCAUAAUAGUUUGCGUCAUAUCUGCAAUAGCUGUUGUCGCAGCAAGCUGGGUGAAACAAAAGGGGUCAAAGAAGUUUCCCCCGGGAUCAAGGGGAUUACCCUUUCUAGGGAGUGUACCCUUUGUUCUGGGUAGCCUAGAGCGCACCCUAGCGGUUUGGGGGUGGCAAAACUACGGCCCCGUUUUCUUCUUUACUCGGGGGAAUACCCGCACAGUCGUGCUCAACACUUACGAAGCUGCAAGCGAAGGGUUCGUGAAACAGGGGAACCACCUGUCGGGGAGAUUCAUCGACGCCAACCACAACGAACUGUUCGCGGAUUAUUCUCCACAGUGGCAGGAACAGCGAAAACUUCGCGUUAAAACGCUCAAAGGGUUCGGGAAAGUGAAUACAGAAGAGAUUAUGACGUCAGAAUGCAAGAAAAUGAUUUGUAGAAUCCGGGAAACAAAGGGAUCGUUCGAGGCGGGUUACUAUCUCGCUGUACCAACGUUUAAUAUCGUAAAGAGCAUUAUUUACGGAGAGCCUUCUGAAGGUAUGAACAAACAAGAUGAAGUAAAUCUGUCAAAGGUAUUGGCAGAUCCCGUUUAUAAGGCUGGUAAUGGUUUUAUGGAGUUCAUGGCUGGUAUGUUCCCACAAAUUCGGUCAUCGGUUGCAUACGAGAGAAUGCUGGAGAAGAAGGGAAAGGAGAGAGUCCGGCAAGUGAAAGAAAAAAUGACAGGGAGCAAAAAAUUGAUCGAAGGGAUGCUGCAGAACCUUCAGGAUUGGGAGACCGGCGAAGUUUACAACAAUCAACAGCUCUCUUGUUACUUGACCGACCUAUUUAUGGCGGGAACCGAUACCAUGGCAACCACGGUUCAUUGGUCGCUUGUAUUUCUCGCCCAAAAUCCUCAAGUUCAAGAAAAAAUGGCGGCAGAGGUGAAAAGUGUAGCCGGCAAUGACGUCAUCACUACGUCAAUGAUGGAUUCUAUGCCAUACACAAGAGCUGUCAUGCAUGAAUCGUCACGUCUGAGGCCGGUGUUUCCCCUUUCGUUACGUCAUCAAGCCACAAGUGACGUCACGGUUAAAGAUUACGUCAUACCAACCGGUACGAGCGUAGUAGCCAACUUGUGGGCAAUACAGAACGACCCAAAAUGGUGGAAGCAGCCGUCAGAAUUCCGUCCGGAGCGACACGUCACAGAGGAUGGGGGAUUCACCAAAAGCGAGAAGAUCGUGCCGUUUUCUAUCGGGCCUCGAUAUUGCCUGGGGAGUCAGAUAGCGAUCUACCAGCAGUUUAUAUUCCUAACUAACCUAGUGCGGGGAUUCCGGUUUCGGUUCGAUCAAGAUAAGGUAGAACCGGAUCUGACCGGUUUGAUGACGUCAGUACUAGCACCUGUCAACGUUCACUUGGUGGCAGAGGAGCGCUAAUUGUAUUGACAUAGAAACAAUAUAUUAUUGCACCGUACGAUGAUGACGUUUUGUGAAAGAUGGAACUUGUAUUUAAUUUGUGACAACUUAAAACUGUUCCACUUUUUACGUUACUUGAACCAGUGUGUAGAUAGCUGUCAAUAAAAUUGCUCACCCAUA